AUAUCAACAAUGCACCAAUAGCUCAUUGCAAUUACAAUUCCUAUCAUUUGUACUCCUUUCCAACUUCAUUCAAACCUUCAUUGAACAAAACCAAAAUGAUGAAAGAACAAUAUGUCUUGCCCUUCUCACUAGCACUUCUACUUUCAUUUCUGUAUUCCACUACCACUUUAGCCCAAUUAUCACCAGCUUCUGCCCCUCUUAAACCAGUUCAACCUACUCCUACUCCACCAGCUGAGGCUCCUAAACAGCCAUUGGUUCCCUCAUUGCCACAGUCACCAAGUGAUGCUACUCCCGACACUGCAGCUGUUGACAUUGUUGGAAUCCUAAGGCAGGCCAAGUCAUUCAACAUCCUUAUCCGCCUCAUGAAAACUACCCAAUUGAUCAACCAACUCAAUGCACANCUCCUCACCACUAAGUCAGGUGGCAUCACCAUUCUUGCACCUGAUGACAGUUCCUUCUCUCAACUCAAACCAGGCUUCCUCAACUCUCUUUCCGAUGGCCAAAAGCUCGAGCUCUUACAGUUCCAUGUUCUGUCAGACUAUGUUUCUAGCUCCAAUUUUGAUACUCUAACCAACCCUGUAAGAACACUUGCAGGAGCUAAACCUGGAAAGGUGGAACUGAACGUGAUAAGUUACGGUGGGAGUGUGAAUAUCUCAACGGGUGAGGUUAACACCACCAUCACUGGUAUUGUAUACACAGAUAAACAUCUUGCUAUUUACAAGGUGGGUAAGGUACUUCUUCCUGUGGACUUCUUUGCUGUUGCUAAGACACCUGCAAAGGCACCCUCAUUGGCUCCAGAACCAUCAGCAAAGGCUCCUAAAGCGGAUAAGGAGAAGUCAAUUUCUCCAGACUCUUCAGAUUCAUCCGAGACUAGUUCCACAAAAGAGAAUUCUGGAACUAUGAAAAUCCACAUGCAUGGAAAGUGGGUUUUCCUUGUUCUUGGACUAGUUCUUGUGACUGCGUAGUCUUCGUAGACAAGAACUGGGUGUGCUGAUUACCAAAAUCAAAACCAUUACUUACCAUGCAGUUAAUAAUUAAGAGUGUUUGAUUGAGAUAAAGAGUACUAUAUUGGUGAAUUUAUCAGAGUGGGUUAAGGGAUGUGUAAUUUGACCGAUUGUUGUAUCCCUCUAUAUAUUUUAGGGUUUUUCUUGA